AAGGUUUUUUUUGACUGUAAACAAUAUCUUCUUAACCCAAAUCUUUUAGUUUAUUUCGAUCCAGCAAAACCCAUAGUCCUAGUGACAGAUGCCUGUUCUUAUGGUCUUGGCGGUGUGAUUUCUCAUGUUAUAAAUGGAGAAGAAAGGCCUAUAAGUUUUGCUUCAUAUUCUUUGAAUGCGGCUCAGAAAAAUUAUCCGAUUUUACAUUUAGAAGCACUAGCUAUUGUAACAACAGUUAAAAAAUUUCACAAAUUUUUGUACGGCCAAAAAUUUACCAUAUUUACAGAUCACAAACCUUUAAUUGGUAUUUUAGGUAAACACGGGAGAAAUUCAAUAUCCGUAACAAGGUUACAAAGAUACAUUCUUGAAUUAGCUAUUUAUGAUUUUGAUAUUUUUUACCGUCCAUCAGGAAAACUUGGAAAUGCAGAUUUUUGCUCUAGGUAUCCGGUACAAAAUUCUGUUCCAAAAGAUUUGGAUAGGGAAUACGUAAAAAAUUUGAAUUUCACUUCCGAGUUUCCUCUUGAUUAUAAACAAAUUGCAAUUGAAUCAAAAUCUGACAGUUUCAUUUCUAAAAUUUUGGAAUUUUUACGUAGAGGUUGGCCAGAACGUUUAGAAAAGCAGUUUAGGGAUGUUUAUUCAUCACAUCAAAACUUGGAAGAAGUUGAUGGUUGUUUGUUAUUUUGUGAUCGUGUGAUAAUUCCAGAUUCCAUGAAAAUGUUAAUUUUAAAAAUGCUCCAUGCAAACCACUCUGGUAUUACAAAAAUAAAACAACUUGCCAGAAGAACCGUUUAUUGGUUCGGCUUGAAUACAGACAUUGAAGAAUUUGUCAAAUCUUGUAGAAUUUGUACAGAAAUGAAUUCUGUAACUAAGCCUCAUCAAUAUUCCCAGUGGAUCCCUACUGUAAAACCUUUUAGCAGAAUCCAUGCAGAUUUUUUCCAUCUCGAUAGAAAAACCUUUUUAAUAAUUGUUGAUAGUUAUAGCAAAUGGAUCGAGAUGGAAUACAUGAAGUAUGGGACUGACGCUAAAAAAGUAGUUAAAAUUUUUUUAAACUUAUUUGCAAGGUAUGGUCUUCCUGAUGUUUUAAUGACGGACGGAGGUCCGCCUUUUAAUUCUGAGUAUUUUGUAAAUUUUUUCCAAAAACAAGGAAUUUUGGUAAUGAAAAGUCCACCGUACCAUCCGGAGAGCAAUGGCCAGGCAGAGAGGAUGGUGAGGUUGGUAAAAGACGUAUUUAAAAAAUUUCUUUUGGAUCCUGAAAUAAAAAGGCUUGAUAUAGAAGAGCAAAUUUCUUACUUUCUGUUUAAUUAUAGAAACACUUGUUUGGGAACAGAUGGCAUUUUUCCUUCUGAAAUUUUGUUUUCCUACAAACCGAAGAAUUUGUUAGAUUUAAUAAAUCCGAAGAAAAGUUUUAAACAUAAUUUAAAAGAACCAUAUGAUGAUACAUCACAUGACUACCAACCUGAGGAGGGAGAGCCUAGUACCUCUGACAACGGUUUUAAAAACUUGACUAAAGGAGAUCUGAUAUAUUAUAAAAAUAAUCAUAAAACAGGUUUACCUAAAUGGAUUCAAGCAAAGUUUUUAAAAAAUAUUUCUAAAACCAUUUCACAGAUACUACUUGGAGGAAGGAUAGUUCUGGCACAUCGACGGCAAUUGAAGUUGGCACCCACGUCUCGCCGAAAACCUUCAAUACAUCUAGUUUACCACCAAGAUUAUCACCAACUACCACAUCAGAAUGAUUUUUACAACAACAGCAAACGGAAGAGGGAAGAAGAUGCAGAGGACCCACAAACAGUUUCGGAUUCGAGCUCCGAUUUUUACGGGUUUCCCGCAGAUUCUUACAUUUACUCGGACGUCGACCAACCAGAAGAAGCAGGAUCAAUUUUUGAAGCCAGUCCGAAUGAGAAGAUUGAAAAUCAUCGUAAAUCAUCGAGAAGAUUAAAAAGACGUCGAAAGUCUGAUUUCGUUUAUUACUAAAGUUAAUUGAAACCUCAAAAGUUCAUUCGAUUUAUUUUUCUUUUUGCAAUUUUUGUAAGAUUGCUUUCAUAUUUAAAGUUUUGCAUUUUCGAAUGUUCUAUAAAAAGUUAUUUUAGUUAUCAACAAUGUUCUCAGAUAGGGUGAAGGAGUUGAAGUAUCCACUUUUAUCGUGUAAGCGAUGUUCGAAUAGAUCGGUUUCAAAUGAUAUGCCCUUUCGAAAGGGUUCUAUGUUUUUCGAUGUCAAAAAUGAUAGGAGAGUGAGAGAGGAUUAGAAUUGUACAAUUGGAGGACUGAAUACAUUCCUUUUGGUUUGGCAUUUCAACGAGACAACAUCUCUUUUAUUUUGCUCCUGAUCAACCACCACCCGUUUUCCAGACUAUUUCAGUUACCACGACAUCGAGCAUAUUGUUUGGUCGUGCGAGGUCCAUCUUGUCGCUAGAACGAAUUUCAUAGACUCCCUUCGGGCCCGAGGAAAACCACCCUAUGUUCCAGUGAGAGAUGUGCUGGCAGUGAUAGACUUGGACUACAUGUUCGAAAUAUAUCUUUUCCUUAAAGCUAUUGAUCUUCGUCUAUAAUUCUUUUUAUUUUCAUAUUUCCCUAUCUAUUUUCUUUUCUUUAAAAAAAAGUGAACUAGAAGUAAGCAAACUAUUGUAAAAAAAACAAAAAGAGUUUGGCUCCUUAAAGCCUAAAGGUAUGAGCCGUUUCAAAUAAAGAAUUAACAAAAAAAAAAAAAAAAACGAACACCGCCAUUUUGGAAGUUUGACCGGUCGCGAUUUCCUAUUUCAGUAAACGAAAAAUCAAAUUUAAAGCAUUUUCACACAUUGAAAACCUUUAAGACACGAUGGCCUAAUCCUGAAAUUUGCACUCUUUUUGAAGGCUUUAAUAACGGAGCCUGGGGUUGGCCUGGAGCGACCGUAAGAAUGAGAUCGGGAAAAAUCGUCAGAUGCAGAAAGCAACCGGAGGUGGCUGGCAACGAAGAGGAUUCGAAUUCGGGUUUUGAUCCGAGUUCGCCCGGCGGUUCGGGUUUGCCUGCAAUCUUGGCCUGGUCACGUUUGGUUGGGUUUGUAAAACAUCGAAAUGUGCAAUAAAAUUAAAAUGUCCGCCGACGAUUCGAUGGUGCUAGAUGUGCCCCGCAACGAAAAUCAUCAGACAGUUGCAAGCGUAUUUCUUGCGAACAAGCUGAUGACCAAUCAACACAUUUGCCAGUUCGGUCACUUUGAUCUUCCCAAGGCCCGAGAGUUUUCGUGCAGCAUCCCGUACAAAUGCCAGCAAGCGGCGGAAGCUACUCUGAUCCACGGAAAUGUUUUUCUUCUGAACUGACGAUGUGAUUGAGGGUGGAGGUAUCAAUGGUAACAGCUUCGAUGGUUAUUGAAUCCUACAUCUAAAGAAAAUGAAUUUCGAAGAGGUUCACAAAUUUUCGGUGGUUGCCCCACACAAUAAGUCAUCUCUUCAAUUUGUUCCUUUGAAGAUGAUGGCACCGAUCGGUAUCGAGUUCUGGAUGUGCGAGAUAAAUACGCGCGUUCGAUAACCGUAUCAGAAAAAAACAGCAAUGUCCGUUGUGGCCAGUGUAUUUUCGCAUGAAUAAGCAGCUUUUAAAAAAAAGUACACAAAAAUAAAA